AUGAAUUAAUCUUCUGUCAUUAUAGAGGAUAAUAAAUAUCAAUCUGUCUAGAUAGAAGAAGAGAGAAUGUUAACUGCUAAAGCAUGUGACUUUAAAAAGAGUUUAAUUUCCAAAAAAUUUUUAUAGAAUUAUGGUAAGGAAGAGCUAGAGGAUAUCAACCAAUUAUUUGAUGAAAGACAAUUAAAUAUAUUAAAUGAUUUAGCAAAUGAUAAUGGACAUGACUCAGCAUAAAUUACAACCCAUCGAGAAGAAAUAAAUUAAAGAAUAUAAACAGCCAUAGAAAAUGGCUUUAAAAGACAUUCAGUUAUGAUUAUAAAGAAACCUGUUGAAAUUCAAAGAUUUAAAAUUUAGGUUUUCAAACCUGAGGAUAAAUUCAGAAUUCUUUGGGAUUUGUUCACUAUGAUCGUUAUAUUUUUUGCAAUUUUAAUAUUACCUUUGGAUAUUAGUUUUACAAUAGAAUCUGAUUUUUUUGAUAAUUUUAACAUUGCAUCAAUAACAAUAUUUAGUUUAGACAUUUUGAUAAAUUUUAAUACUUCAUAUUAACAAAAAGGAUAAUACAUUUAUGAUAGAAAAUUAAUAGCCAAAAAUUAUUUAAUGGCUUGGUUUUGGAUUGAUCUAUGUAUUUAUUAUUUUUAUUAUUUUAUAGUAUCUACAUUCCCAUUUGAUUUGAUUAUUAAUGCUUCUGCAGAAGAAAUAUUACAUUCAGAUGAAAUUGAUGAAGCCUAAGUUUAAAAUGUUAGAGAUAAAUAGUAAUAAUAAUAAUAAAUAGCUAAUACAUUAAAAUUGUUAAGAAUUUUAAAAUUCUUUCGUUUCAUUAAAGUUGUAAGACUAUUAAGAGUAUUGAAAUUAAAAAAAAUAUUUUCUAAAUUAGAAGAUUAUGUUGAUUUAUCAAAUUCCAUGAUUUCAUUAUACAAAGUUAUAAAAUUAACAUUUAUAAUGCUUUUUGUUGCACAUUGGCUUGCUUGUAUUUGGCAUUUUAUAGCAGAUUAAGAAAAUAUAUCAGGAGAUUAUAAUUGGUUAACAGCUUAAGGGAUAUAAGAUAAUGAUUGGUAUGUAAAAUAUAUUGCAUCAGUUUAUUGGGCAACUGCAACAAUGACAACUGUAGGUUAUGGGGAUAUAACUCCAGUAACAUCAAGUGAAAAAAUAUUUGGGAUAGUUGUUAUGUUAUUAGCUUGUUGUAUAUUCGCUUAUAUAAUGAACAGUAUAGGUGGCAUAUUUGUUUCAAUGGAUUACAAUGAAAAAAUAAUAAGAUAAAAGAUGGGUUAAGCUAAUUAAUUUUUAAAAUCAAAUGAUAUACCUAAAGAUUUAUAAGCUAGAGUACGGAAAUAUUUAGAAUAUAAAUAUGAGAAAGAGUCUACAUAGGUUAAUGAAAAAGAAGCUUUAGAAGUCUUAUCUUAAUCUUUGAGAGUAGAAGUAUUAGCUGCAGUUAAUACAGAUUUGAUAAAUAAUUCUAAAGUUUUUAAAUAGAAUAAAUUUGAAAAGGAAUUAUUACUUCAAUUGCCAUUUGAAUUAGAGGAAUAGAUAUUUGGACCUGAAGAAUGUAUAUUUUUGGAGGGAGAUGACCCAUUAGAAUAAGAAAAUGGUUAAAAUUUAGAUGAAAGAUGUUUAUAUUUUUUAAAUUAAGGUAAGGUUAUGUUAUGUAUAUAAAAAACAUUUACUUGUUUAAAAAUUUUAGAAAAAGGUGGUACUUUUGGAGAAUUAGGUUUUUUUAGUAAUAAAUCUAGAAGUGCUUCAGUUUAUACUUUAGAUUUUGUUUAUGUUUAAAAAUUAAAGAAAAAGAAAUUUUUAGAACUUAUGAAGAGAUUUUAAACACAAAAUGAAUAUUUUUAAAUGAAUAAACAUAUUAUUGAGCUAAAUGAUGAUUUUACUCCUCUUGAUUUACCAUGUUUUGGUUGUUAAUAAAUUGAUCACUUUGCUUAUAAAUGUCCAAAGUUACAUUUUAUAAUUAAAUAUGACAGAAAAUAAGAAUUAAUUCAAGAAUUUCAAUAAGCUUAGAAGGAAGUUAAUAAAAAUUAUAAAAGGCAUGAUAAAAUUAAAUAUAAUUCUAGAGGUUGUUAUUCACUUACAAAUGAAGUUGCGAAUGAAAUAAAAUUAGUUUAUAAUUCAGAAGAAAAAUAAGAGGAAGAUAGGUUAAUUUAAUUAUAAUAGUAUUAUAUAAAUAUUUAAAUAUUAGACAUAAUGAAGAAGAACCUACAUUAGCAGGUUUUGAAUUUAUUGAAUAGUCUAAACAAAUAUAACAUUAACAAGAAGAUGAAUUUGAGAGAAUGAGUAUUAUGCAUGCCUUUUUCACAUAAUUUAAUCUAGAUUACAUAAUUAAAGCUUAUAAUGAAAGAGUAGAUUAUAUUUUAAAUUAAUAAUAAUAAUAAUUAAAUAGAAUCAUAAGAUCAAAUUUUAAAUAAUUUAAAUCUAAUAAGAGUAAACAAAGGAUAAGAUCAAUGUCAGCUGAAAGAGCUAUUUACUUUGAAAAACUUAUUGAAAAGUAUGGAGGACCAUCUUUAUUUUUAUAAAAACUACAUGAGGAAGAAUGA